AUGACCAUGAUCCACCCCAGGAAGCUUGCUCAGUUGAUGAGGAAGUGGCAAAGGGUCAAGAAUCCCUCCACCGAUGACGAAGCAUGCAGCACGACGCCGACGCCGGUUGCAGAUAAAGGCCACUGUGCCAUGUACACGGCCGAUGGGAGGCGGUUCGAGGUCCCAUUGGUGUACCUCAGCACGACAGUCUUCGGCGAGCUGCUAAGGAUGUCUCAAGAGGAGUUUGGGUUCACAUGCGACGGCAGGAUCACGCUGCCCUUCAAUGCAGCAGUGAUGGAGUAUGUCAUGUGCUUGCUUAGAAGAAAUGCUUCAGAGGAAGUAGAGAGGGCAUUCCUGAGCUCUGUAGUGAUGCCUUGCCAAUAUCCAAGCCAUAUUGUGACACAUGUAGCGCUACAGCAGCAGCUUGCAGUUUGUAGCUCCUGA